UCUUUACAAUUUACGAAGAUUCAAAUUUCCUCAUGAUAAAGAAUGAUGAAGUAUAAUGGGGACAUUUGAAUAUUUGUAGACCUCGCCAUCAUCGUUGUGGUGACAGUUCUAUCAGAGUUUCUUCAUGUCCUUUAAAGAUAUAUCUUGUCAAGUCUUUCCCUGUAUGUUCUGUGCAUCCACAUGACCUUUGUACGCGGAUGUCAAACUCUCUUCCAUUUCGGAUAAUAUGACUUCCUGUAAACAUACAAGUGGGUUAUAAAUAUAUGAAUAGGAAGAAAGUCAUCUCAAGCCCUUUUCAACUUUGUGUAGAAUUUGUGUUACCCUUACAAAGAAUUCACACCAGACAACAAACUGAGUCGUGAGGAUGUAAAAUGGCUCCCUUAAAAAUUCCAGACAUGUUCAAGGUGUCGCCUAUGAAAAUCACCAUGACAACUUUCAACGUCAACCAAUCAAAUUAUUCCGUGUCAAAUGAGAACCUCUUGUGGAAGGAAAAUGAAAACAUGGCCAAGACUCUCAUCCCCGCCAUGGCGUUUGUAGGAGUCAUAAUGGUGAUCGGAUUCUUUGGAAACGUUUUAGUAUGUUACAUAUUCACAAGAAGGAUUCCUUUGUCUGUCAACACUUUUCUUCUGGUUAUUCUCGCAGCCUUGGAUCUGGUGAAUUGUACAUUGAACAUGCCGUUUGAAAUAAUAGACCUGCGAUAUUUCUACGUUUUUGAAAGUGAUAUUGCGUGUAAAAUCUUUCGCUUUCUUGUAGCAUUUCCCAAUAUCGACUCGACAUUUGUUUUGUUGAUCAUAACAGUCGACAGAUACAAACGGGUGUGUAGGCCAAUGUCAAUUCAAAUGACGUUUAAAGAUGCUAGGAAGUAUGUUGCCAUAGCAACUGCUGCUGCAAUCCUCCUGUCCUUGCCGGCUGUGUUGAUAUAUGGAACAGAAACAGUGAAAACAAGCAUGAAGGAACUGUAUGGUCAAGACUGUAAAUCUACUGACAAAAUUACGGGCACAGCAUUCCGGUUUUUUUACCAGGUAGCUAUCGGACUAGGUGCAAUGCUUAUCUCCGCGGUAUUAUGUUAUAUUUAUGUCCACAUCUGGAGAGAAAUACGGACACAUGAAAUAAACAUUCGGAAGAAAACCCAAUUCGUCCUAAUGGAUACGAGUAAUUCAACCAAACAUAGCACCACAGGUCCAAGCCCAGGCCAUCAAAGUGAAGAUAUACCAAACGAGAUUAAGGGGAGACCAACCAGCAGAAAACGAAUAACCUUCAUUGCUUUUACCGUGACAUUCGUCUUCAUGUUGAGUUAUCUGCCCCUUGCUGUCAUCAUGGCGGUCCGAAGUGUCCCCGAGCCCAAAUGGCCUCUUGAUGGACUGCUGAGUAGAAUCCUGAUCCGGUUCUGUUACCUUAAUUCUAUGACAAAUCCCUUUGUCUACGGGUUUAUGAGCAAGAGGUUCCGACGUGAGUGUUUUAAAGUAUUUGUCCCAAAAUGUCUUGUCUGUUACGAUCACACACUAGAGAACACUAGAGCCCAUGGUUUCUAAAACAGCUGAUAUGAUGGGUCCACUUUUGGGAGGGCAAAGGUCAGUCGUCACAUGUGUUUUCAACAAUUUGUGAGACUCAAUAUUUAACACAUUUAACCAACCAUUAUAACUGCAACACUCUCAGUAUCUAACACAUUUAAUCAACCAUUAUAACUGCAACACUCAAAAGCUGCGUUAACCCAAGUCACUCAUUCAUUCCUAUAUGUUCUUAUGACUCAUUCAUUCCUAUAUGUUCUUAUGACUCAUUCAUUCCUAUAUGUUCUUAUGACUCAUUCAUUCCUAUAUGUUUUUAUGACCCUUACGAACUGUGUCUUGCGUAACAAGCAGGGCUGUAUCGAUACAUCGAACUAUCGAUGGAUUGCAAUUGUUGAGUCUCCGAUAGCAAUUAUGGUAGAAGAGAUGGUAGGAACGUAAAAUUAUCUUUGCAUGGUGCAUCGAUAGUAUGUGUGACUAUCGAUAGUGUAGUUUAAUUGACUU